AUGUCUUCCUCCGCAGAAUGGUCGCCUGAUUCCUGGCGCUCAAAACCUAUCAAGCAAGCUCCUGCCUACCCGGACGAAGCCGGCCUGAAAAAAUCUGUCAAAGAAUUGGGACGUCUACCUCCCAUUGUUCAUCCAAAGGAGAUUGUCGCACUCAAGCAGCACCUCCGUGAUGUGGCACUCGGCGAGGCUUUCCUGCUCCAGGGCGGUGACUGCGCCGAGCUCUUCGACUACUGCGAGCCCAAUGCAAUUGAGUCGAAGAUUAAGCUGCUGCUGCAGAUGAGUCUGGUUCUCGUCUGGGGUGCUGACAAGCGGGUGGUGCGCAUUGGCCGUAUGGCUGGCCAAUAUGCCAAGCCAAGAUCGAGCCCUACGGAAGUGGUCAACGGUGUAGAGAUGCCUUCAUUCCGGGGAGACAUUUUAAACGGCUUCCAUGUCGACGAGCGUGAAAUUGACCCGCAGAGACUCGUCAGGGCCUACCAGUAUUCUUCAGCAACCCUCAAUUACAUCCGAGCAUGCAUCUCGUCAGGCAUCGCCGAUCUCCACAGGCCGCUGGACUGGGGUCUGGGCCAUGCCAGGGACCCCGAGCUGAAGAGAAAGUACUCCGAGGCAGUCCUCUCUCUCACAGACAUGCUCCGCUUCCUCCACACCAUCGGCGCCGACAGGAGCGACAAGCUGGACACGGUUGACCUCUUCACCAGUCACGAGGGUCUGCUCCUCGAGUACGAGCAGCCGCUGACCCGCCUGCUGGAGACGCCGGUUCCGCGUCCCACAACCAACGGCGGCUCCCGGAACGGCCCCACCGAGACCAAGAAGGAAUACUACGACACCUCGGCCCAUUUCCUCUGGAUCGGCGACCGCACCCGGCAGAUCGAUGGCGCCCACGUCGAGUUCUUCCGCGGCAUCGCCAACCCCAUCGGCAUAAAGGUCGGACCCACCACUCCCGUCGACGACCUGCUCGCCCUGCUGCGCGCCCUCAACCCGGACAAGGAGCCCGGCAAGAUCACCCUCAUCACCCGUUACGGCGCCGCCAAGGUGCGCUCGCUGCUGCCAGCGCACAUCCGCGCCGUGGAGGACAGCGAGUACCACCGCUGCGUGGUCUGGCAGUGUGACCCCAUGCACGGAAAUACGCUGUCGACGGACAGCGGUAUCAAGACGCGGCGCUUCCGCGACAUCUUUGAGGAGCUGCAGGAGACACUGCGCAUCCACAAGGAGCAGGGCAGCUACCUGGGCGGCGUCCACCUCGAGCUCACCGGCGAUGCUGUGACGGAGUGUCUAGGUGGUAGCGAGGGCUUGGAUGAGGAUGAUUUGUCGACCAACUACACGAGUUUCUGCGACCCGAGACUCAACGAGAAGCAGGCGCUCGAGUUGGCGUUCUUGAUUGCGGGUCACUACAGAGACGAAAGAAUGCCGGCUUUGUGA